GAAGCGAAUCGGAAAGUUUUCUCGCAACGCGGCAACAGGACGCAGUCAGCCGCAUAAAUUGAUAAAUACCUGGACACGCUGGUUUUCGCUGCCGCUUUCGUUGACUGCUCCUCUGUGGUGUUCCUUGGAUUCAGAAUAACUAUUUCGUGUACUUUUUUGCAAGAUGCCGUUGAAUCUGGGUGAAGUUGUGCCGGAUUUCGAGUCAGAGACCAACGAAGGCCCCAUCAAAUUCCACGAAUGGCUGGGAAACAGUUGGGCCAUUUUGUUUUCCCAUCCUCGCGACUACACCCCAGUGUGCACCACGGAACUGGGGCGCGCUGCGAAACUGGCGCCGGAAUUCCAGCGGCGCGGCGUGAAAAUGAUUGCCCUGUCUUGUGAUGAUGCUGAAUCGCAUCGCGGCUGGAUUAAGGAUUUAGAGGCGUACUGCGGCGUUGGCAGCGGGAAGUUUCCUUAUCCGAUCAUCGCUGAUCAUGAUCGCACGUUGGCGGUGAAGUUCGGCAUGCUGGACCCGGAUGAGCUGAACAACGAGGGCAUGCCACUGACGGCCCGCGUCGUCUACGUUAUCGGGCCUGAUCACAAGGUCAAGACGCUGAUUCUGUACCCCGCCACUUCUGGACGCAAUUUCGAUGAGAUCCUGCGCAUUAUCGACUCCCUGCAGCUGGUGGCCAAGCAUAACGUGGUGACGCCGGUGGACUGGAAGAGCGGCGACAAGGUGAUCGUGCCGCCCACGGUGCCGGCCGCGGACUUAGCUAAGAACUAUCCCAAGGGCGUGGAAGUCCAGCCGCUGCCCUCCGGCAAGGAGUACCUGCGCUAUACGCCACAGCCCUGAACUGAACGAACGCUCAGCGGUCUGCCGUGGACAGAGUCAGCCGACAAUCCAGUGUUCCCUUUCUUAUCCAGUUAAAACUUUCAUUUUGCGAUAGUAGUUACUAGUUAUUGUUUGGUUAAAAAUUAAACUGGCUUUCAUUCACACUGGUAACUGCACAAGUUUUAAUAACAUUUUAUCUGUUUCUAAUUUGCUUGUUUAUUCUUUGAUGGCGAUUUUAGACGUGACAUGGCUUAAUAAAAAACGUUUCCAUG